UUUCCGAACGAAUGGAACUCAAUAAUAAAGGUUUAUCGAAUUUAUUUUUAUGUACAAGCUCAUUACAUCGAAAUUUAUUUUUUUUUUAUUCCGUGUUUGACCGAAAAAGUAUAAAAUGAUUCAAAAUGUAUUUUUAUCUGCCGUCGAUUUUUUUUCACGAGCCUCCCAGAUAGCCAACGUAAAAUUUUACUAAAUUUACCACGGUGCACCAUGAACUAUCGAUAAUUUUUGUAUUUCUAACUUUUUUGAGUAAAUCAUUUGUCGAGCUCUUGUCGGUGAUUGUCGGGUCUAGCUGACGCUCGUCAGAAUAAAAACUAAAAAUUACAAAAAGUUGUUAAAUAAUAACUUGACUUAAAUGAAAAUAAAUCAGUGAUGACUAUUUGGCUAUUUUUUCCAGUGGCCAAAUGAACUUUGCAAUAUGUUUACAUUGACGUUUGGUUUGUUUACAUUCGUGGAGCCUCGCUCUGUCUCUUUUUCCGUUCACUACGCGAUCUCAGGGGCCAGAGAGAGAUGAGAGUAUAAACAAGUAGAUAUUGUGCGUGUCGUUGACCGAUUUCAACGAAUUUAUAAAACAAAGUGCGAUAAAGAUUACCGAAUUUUCAUAAAGCGAAAAUUACCGUUCUUUUCACGCGUUAUACUCAAAUGAUGCAUAGGAAUUAUUUUCUCAAAGUCUGCACGAACAUGAGUAAUCAAUUGGGUUUCAGACUGUGGAUAACCUCAUUGCUGACCAUGCUGUGACGAUUGAUGUUGAGCCAACGGGUGAAAUGACGAUUACACCGGUAAAGAUUUUUUUUAGCAUUAGAUGUUGGCCUGUUUUAUGAGAUGCAGCUCUUCCGGUCGUUGGCUAUCAUUAAAAAUUGGUAAAACAGUUCCAAUAGAGCUUGGUGACAUCUGUUCUCUUUAUCCACACAAAUCUUGGUUCAAAGUAACAUCCGGUGAAACUCCGAACAACAUGGAGGAAGAGAGUCCAAAGCGCAAAGCAUCAGGUUCUUCUGAAGAAGAACCACCGGAUAAAAAGCUUCGAAAAGGUGAAAGUGUCGACACUAUCUAUUCUCAAAACAAAAUUGUCUUGGACAAUUGGGAUAAUGAAGAGACGUCUAAUAUCCCGGAAAAUGAUGAUUCCAUCAUCCAACAACCACACGACUCAAACAAAGAUUCUUCAGACACUAGAGACCAAGAUACUGCAAGGGCUCCCAGUGAGUUUGGAUCAGCCCAAGAUAUCUGGAACAAUUCUGAGAAUGGCGAUACUUCUUGUCCAAUCAAUUUGACCAACAACAAAAAUGAUUCAUCAACCAAAUCAACUGGAAGUGCCCACUUAUCAUCGAAAAAGGAAUGUCCGAGUUUGAAUAAGGACGAAGCUGGUAAGAAAAUCAAAUGGGAUUGCGCACAUCAUUUCAGUGACCAAACAGAUCAGGGAACCAGUGCAACGCCUGCUGCUGAAACAAAAGAUGACACAAAUUCGGGACAAGAAAACAAUCCUACCGCUGAAACCAAUGUUGCAUCCAGUGAACCGCAGAGGAAUAAAUGCGCCUACGGAUCUCGUUGUUAUAGACGUAAUUCUGAUCACAGGAGACAAUUCAGUCAUCCGGGUGAUCCGGACUACGACAUUCCCGACACGCGACCGGAAUGUCCUUACGGCAUAAAAUGUUAUCGGAAAAAUCCGCAACACAAGCGAGACUUCAAACAUACGAAUUUACGCCCGAGCCGAGCUCAAACUCCGAUACGUGGUCAAGCUUCAGACGCGACGUUAGGCACCGAACAAUCAUCGGCUGAGGAAUCGGUCGACGAAUCCGAAUACGAGCCCUCCUAUUACGGCGGUACUACUUCGGAGGAGUACAGAAGCGAUUUGGACGGUUUCAGUGAUUUCGAAGAAGGUAUCAGCGACGGCGAAGAUGAUAAAUAAUUGUGAAUUGUUGACUCAAAAAUGUAAAGUUUUCUAGCGCCUGUACGAUAAUGUAUCAAAAUUACUAUUUUUAUAAACAACUUAUUUUGUAUUUAUAUUUCAAUUUCGAAGAUGCUCUUCGAAAGUUUUUCAAUGAUAAAGUACAAAAAACAGA